AUGACUUGGUGUUGGCGUCCAGAACGCAUCGUCGAUCGCGAGCCCCUUCCCACCGAUUAUCGAUGUUGUUGUGGAUGUUGCACAUCAAAGUGCGGAUUCACUUUCAUCACCAUUGUCAAUCUGGCCAUUGUUGCUUUGAUCGGUUUGCUACUUCUACCCGGUUUGCUCUUGGGUGGUCCGAUUGUAUGGAUAAUCUUCGCCAUCCCAAUCGCUCUGAUAUUUUUGUGGUUGUAUCCUUCCGUGCAAGCCAUUCGAACCGAGAAACCAGUCUACAUGCAAAUCGUCUGGAUUGCAAAUCUGAUCAUCACUUCUCUCGGCUUUUUGUACUUGAUCGUCCUGGCGAUCGCUUCUCUGAUUACAAUGAGCACUGCGACAGAUGACCGGGAAAGAGAGCAAGCCGCCACCCUUUUCGCCAGAGUGAUUAUCCGAGUUGUGUUCGAUCUCUUGUGGACUAUCUGGGGUCUCUGUCUGAUCUACUCGUUCUACUCAUAUCUCAGGGAUCGCCAGUUGUGGUUGGAGGGUCGUGGAACCGACAUGCCAAAAGUGCCUCAUCCAUAUCAUAUGGAAAGUGCUCCAAUGUAUGAGCCU